AGUUAAUUUAUUUUAAUGAAGUCUACGAGAUCCUGAAACUCCAAAUUAGCUCAGUUUCAAGUUAUUUUCCAGCACGUGAAUCGGCCUAAAUAACCGCGCAUUAUAAUUGGUAGUCAUGAUCUCGACGGGACAGGAAAGACUUCUCGACAUUAUAUGUAAAAAUGAGUGGGCCCUCUGGUGGAACCAAGGUGGUUUAAGAUGAGUGCAUGCACCAGGGCGAACUCGAACGUUACGCUUUCGAAGACAGCAGAAGCAAAGAGGAACAAACAAAGAAAACAAGAGCGAACAUGUCCUCAACGUCAGAGAGAUUUGAGGGGCAAACGGGGAAGACAACUGCACCAUAUGGCUCAUGGAAGUCGCCGCUCACAGCAGAUAUUGUAUCGGAAGCAGGUAAACGUUUUGGAGAUGUUGCCAUCGAUGGGGAAGGCCGCCUCAUAAUACUCGAGAGUCGUCCUGCUGAAGACGGACGGUCAGUUUUAGUAAGGGAGGCUGCAGUCACUGGAGAUUCAACAGAAGUUAUCACGCCUGAUGGAUUUAAUGUUCGUACACUUGUACAUGAGUAUGGCGGAGGUGCAUUUGCUGUCUCAGGAAAUGUUGUUGUGUUCUCUAACUACGAGGAUCAAAGACUUUAUAAGCAGUCUGUCAAAGGAGAUUGUGAUCCAGUUCCACUUACACCAGAUUAUGGAGGGCCUAUUGUACGUUAUGCGGAUGGAUUGGUGGAUCUGCAUUUGGACCGUUAUAUAACUGUAAGAGAAGAUCAUCGUGAAAGCAAGACAAAUCCAUCAGCAACAAUAGUUUCUGUGGAGCUUAGUGGGGAUCAAAUUAAAGAGCCAACUAUGUUGGUCAGUGGUAGUGAUUUUUAUGCUUUCCCCCGUUUGACACCGGAUGGGAGAAGGAUGGCAUGGAUUCAAUGGAGUCACCCAAACAUGCCCUGGGACAAAGCAGAACUUUGGGUUGGCUAUCUAUCUGAAGCUGGCAAGAUUGACAAACGGGUCUGCAUUGCUGGAAAUGAUCCAAAUUUGAUAGAAUCCCCUACCGAACCAAAGUGGUCACCACAAGGAGAACUUUUCUUUGUUACAGAUAGGAAGACUGGAUUCUGGAAUUUGUACAAAUGGAUUGAGUCAAAGAAUGAAGUGCAAGCCCUGUAUCCUUUAGAUGCAGAAUUUACAAGGCCAGCAUGGGAUUUUGGCAAUAGUUCUUAUUCUUUCAUCAAGAACAAGGGACACUAUAACUACAUUGCAUGCACGUACAGGCAAAAAGGGAGGUGCUAUUUGGGAAUUCUUGAUCACACUCUUGGUUCCUUGUCCUUAGUUGAUAUUCCUUUGACAUAUUUUGGCAAUAUUACCUCUAUGGGAAGUAUUUUGUACAUUGAGGGGUCGUCACCUAAACAUCCACCGUCUAUAGCAAAGGUGGCCUUUGAAGAAAAUCAUAUUGUAGUGAAAGAUGUCUCUAUAAUCUGGACAUCAUCUUCUUUGAAUAGCACAGAUUAUACUCCAUUUUUUAGCUCACCAGAGAUAAUUGAAUUUACCACCAAAGUACCUGGACAGAUGGCAUUUGCUUAUCUUUAUAUGCCUAAGAACAUUAAUUACCAAGGUCCUGAAGGAGAAAAGCCACCACUACUUGUAGAGACUCACGGGGGUCCAACACUUGAGUCACAAGGAGGAUUGGAUUUGGGAAUCCAGUAUUGGACUAGCAGAGGGUGGGCAUUUGUUGAUGUCAACUAUGGAGGGAGCACUGGUUAUGGUAGAGCAUAUCGAGAAAGGCUUAAUGGCUCUUGGGGUGUUGUUGAUGUUGAUGAUUGUUGUAGCUGUGCGGAGUUUCUGGUGGCUACUGGGCAAGUUGAUGGGGAGCGGCUGUGCAUAACAGGGAAAUCAGCUGGAGGCUAUACGACUUUGGCUGCACUUGUGUUUAGGGAAACAUUUAAAGCGGGUGCUUCAUUAUUUGGAGUAAGUGCUUCAUUAUUUGGAAUUGCUGACUUGUCACUGUUGAAAGCUGCCAUGCACAAGUUUGAAGCAUAUUACACUGACAGUCUUGUUGGUGAGGAUGAAUCAUUACUCCAUGAGCGAUCGCCUCUCAAUUUUGUUGAUAAGCUUUCAUGUCCCAUAAUCUUAUUCCAAGGAUUGGAGGACAAGGUUGUCCUACCUGAACAAGCACGGAAAAUUUAUUCAGCAGUUAAGGAGAAAGGAUUGCCUGUUGCUCUCAUUGAAUAUGAAGGAGAACAACAUGGCUUCCGAAAGGCUGAAAACAUAAAGUUCACUCUUGAACAGCAAUUGGUGUUUUUUGCUCGGCUGGUGGGAAAAUUUAAGGUGGCUGAUGAUAUUGUUCCUGUACAGAUAGAAAAUUUUGACUAGUAAGUUGAAAUAAAUCUGGAUGUGCUGCUGGAUCAAUUCCUAGCAGCAAUUAUUUCAGCUAUGGUGUAAGCUUCUGCUGAGCUUAUGUACAAUCUCUGGUAAAUGGACCACACAUCUAAUGAAGAUCAAAUCUUUAGCAUAGAUUUGUGAAGUGCAUGACUUCAAAUAUCUGCUUCUGGUAAUUUGGAAUAGCAACAUGAUAAAAUUGUUUAGAUCAGCACUAUAUUACAAUCAUAUUUCAAACAAGCUUCAAGAUUUAUGAUGAUUGUCAAAUGCACACUGGAUGCUUAAAUUUC